ACUUCGAAGGAGCAAAAAGGCUAUUGCCUUUCCCUUCAAACUCUGGCCCGAUUCGUGUGGCUGCUCGGUGCGAGCGGUGCGCUGGCGGGCUUUCCGCUGGGGCCCGUUCGCCUCCCUGCCCAGAAGUCGCCCCAGGCGCGCUCUCACUCCGAAUCCGGACGCGACGCUCCCCGGGCUCCGCUAAAGUGUAGUUCUCCUGCAGAGGCCCCAGUGCCCGGAUGUCCAUCAGGAUUAGUGCGAACCAAUACGCUUCCAGCCCGAGGCUGCGCUGAGGGCGCCCGGGGCUCCGGAGCAGGUAGUCCCCGAACCUCGGGGAGUCGAGCUGGGGAAUCAUCCCCGCACGGCUCCGGCAAAUGGUGAGCGAGGCGCUGGCAGCAGGGCCCGCGGGUUGAAAGGUCUGAUGGACAGAAGACAGUGGGCUCUCUAAGCUGAAUGAUGGCAGCCCACUCAAGCUUGUACAAUGAAGACAGAAACCUGCUUCGAAUUAGAGAGAAAGAGAGACGCAACCAGGAAGCUCACCAAGAGAAGGAGACAUUUCCUGAAAAAAUCCCCCUUUUUGGAGAACCUUACAAGACAGCAAAAGGUGAUGAGCUGUCCAGUCGGAUACAGAACAUGUUGGGAAAUUAUGAAGAAGUGAAGGAGUUCCUUAGUACCAAGUCCCACCCUCAGUGCUUGGAUGCUUCUGAAAAUAGAUUGGGAAAACCGAGAUAUUCUUUAUUUCCUGACAAGGGGAGCAGCAUUCCAUCCAACUCCUUCCAUACCAGUAUCCACCACCAGCCCAUUUACACUCCCGCCUCCGGACCACUUCCUGUUGGUAACAUUAGCCACAAUCCAAAGAUAGCACAGCCAAGAAUGGAACCAUUGCCAAGUCUCCAUGCCAAAAACUAUGGCCCACCUGACAGCCAGCACCUGAUCCAGGACCGUCUCGGACAGGAGGGAUACAGCUCUAGUCAUCACAAAAAAGGUGACCGUAGAGCUGAUGGAGACCAUUGUGCUUUAACAAUAGACUCGGCUCCAGCAAGGGAGCUCUCUCCCUUGAUUUCUUCUUUGCCUUCCCCAGUGCCCCCUUUGUCACCUAUACAUUCCAACCAGCAAACUCUUCCCAGGAUGCAAGGAAGCAGCAAGGUUCACAGUAGUAGCAAUAACAAUAAAGGCUACUGCCCAACCAAGUCUCCCAAGGACCUGGCGGUGAAGGUUCAUGAUAAUGAGACCCCUCAAGACAGUUUGGUGGCAGUUGUCAGCCAUGGGGUAGCCCCUCCCCAGCCACCUUCUCAGACAUUUCCACCCCCCUCCCUCCCCUCAAAAAGUGUUGCAAUGCAGCAGAAGCCCACAGCUUAUGUGAGGCCCAUGGAUGGUCAAGAUCAGGCUCCAAGUGAGUCUCCUGAGCUGAAACCACUGCCGGAGGAGUACCGGCAACAGAACUUUGAAAGAACAGACUCAAAAGUGCCUGCCGAAGCCAAGCUCACCAAACUGAAGAUGCCUUCGCAGACAGCUGAGCAGACAUACUCCAAUGAAGUCCAUUGUGUUGAAGAAAUUCUAAAGGAAAUGACCCAUUCAUGGCCUCCUCCUUUGACAGCAAUACAUACGCCUAGUACAGCUGAACCAUCCAAGUUUCCUUUCCCUACAAAGGAUUCUCAGCAUAUCAGUUCUGCAACCCAAAACCAAAAACAAUAUGAUGCACCUUCAAAAACUCACCCUAAUUCUCAGCAAGGAACAUCCAUGCUUGAAGAUGACCUUCAGCUCAGUGACAGUGAGGACAGUGACAAUGAACAAACCCCAGAGAAGCCUCCUUCCUCAUCUGCACCUCCAAGUGCUCCACAGUCGCUUCCAGAACCAGUGGCAUCAGCACAUUCCAGUAGUGCAGAGUCCGAGAGCACCAGUGACUCAGACAGCUCCUCAGACUCGGAGACUGAGAGCAGUUCAAGUGACAGCGAGGAGAAUGAGCCCCUAGAAACCCCAGCUCCUGAGCCUGAACCUCCAACAACAAACAAAUGGCAGUUGGACAACUGGCUGACCAAAGUCAGUCAGCCUGUGGUGCCUGCCGAGGCCCUGGGGAACACAGAGCUGCCCCGUCGGCGCCAGGAAAGCAAGGGUGGCAGCGAGAGCACCGCAAGUCAGGAGCAUUCUGAGUCCAAAGACCCUCCCCCGAAGAGCUCCAGCAAAGCCCCCCGGGUCCCUUCUGAAGGCCCCCACCCUGGAAAGAGAACCUGUCAGAAGUCCCCUGCACAACAGGAACCCCCACCUAGGCAAACUGUUGGAACCAAACAACCCAAAAAACCUGUCAAGGCCUCUGCCCAGGCCGAUUCUCGGGCCAGCUUGCAGGUGGAAAGUGAGCCAGGACUUCUUCCCUAUGGCUCAAAGGACCAGACCUCCAAAGAUAAGCCCAAGGUGAAGACGAAAGGCAGGCCCCGGGCUGGGGGCAGCAGAGAGCCCAAGCCUGCAGUGCCGGUCCCCAGUGAGAAGAAGAAGCACAAGAGCUCCCCCGCACCCCCCUCCAAGGCGCUCUCAGGCCCAGAACCCACGAAGGACAGUGUGGGAGACCGGAGCCCUGAGCACUUUGCUCUUGUCCCCCUGACUCAGAGCCAGGGCCCGCCCCAUAGUGGUGGUGGUGGCAGGACUAGCGGCUGCAGGCAAGCAGUGGUGGUCCAGGAGGACAGCCGCAAAGACAGACUCCCAUUGCCUUUGAGAGACACCAAGUUGCUCUCACCGCUCAGGGACACUCCCACCCCACAGAGUUUGAUGGUGAAGAUAACCCUAGAUCUUCUCACUCGGAUUCCCCAGCCACCAGGGAGGGGAAGCCGCCCAAAGAAACAGGAAGAUAAACAGCUGCCUGUAGGGAAGAAGCAGGACUCUGAGAAGAGAAGCUCAGACAACUCCAGCAAGUUGGCCAAAAAGAGAAAGAGCGAAACAGAAAGAGACUGUGAUAACAAAAAAAUCAGACUGGAGAAAGAAGCCAAAUCACAGUCCUCUUCAUCCUCAUCCUCCCACAAAGAAUCUUCUAAAACAAAGACACCUAGGCCCUCCUCAGAGCCCGCAAAAAAGGAAAUGCUUCCCCCUCCACCUGUGUCGUCCUCAUCCUCGUCCUCCCAGAAACCAGCCAAGCCAGCACACAAGAGGUCAAGGCAAGAAGCAGACAUUUGUGGCCACGACCCUCCCAAAAGUGCCAGUAGUACCAAGAGCAACCAUAAAGACCCUUCUGUUUCAAAGCACAGAAAAGUACAGGGGAAAGGCUCUGGAAGCUCCGCUGAACACAAAGGAUCUUCUGGAGACGCUGCAAAUCCUUUUCCAGUGCCUUUUUUGCCAAAUGGUAACUCUAAACCAGGGAAGCCUCAAGUGAAGUUUGACAAACAGCAAGCUGAUUUUCACAUGAGGGAGGCCAAAAAGUUGAAGUGCAAAGCAGAGUCAAUGACGGACAAGGUUGGAAAGGCCUUCAAGUACUUGGAAGCCAUCCUGUCCUUUAUCGAGUGUGGGAUUGCCAUGGAGUCUGAGAGUCCRGCCUCCAAGUCGGCUUAUUCAGUGUACUCAGAAACUGUAGAUCUCAUUAAAUUCGCAAUGUCAUUAAAAUCAUUCUCAGAUGCCACAGCACCAACACAAGAGAAAAUAUUUGCUGUUUUAUGCAUGCGUUGCCAGUCCCUUUUGAACAUGGCAAUGUUUCGUUGUAAAAAAGACGUAGCAAUAAAGUAUUCCCGUACUCUUAAUGAACACUUCAAGAGUUCUUCCAAAGUGGCCCAGGCCCCUUCUCCAUGCAUUGCAAGAAGCACAGGCACACCAUCCCCUCUGUCCCCAAUGCCUUCUCCUGCCAGCUCUGCAGGGUCCCAGUCAAGUGCUGGCAGUAUGGGGAGCAGUGGAAUGACUGCCGCAAUCAGUACUCCAGUCACCAUCCAGAACAUGACCUCUUCCUAUGUCACCAUCACGUCCCACGUCCUUACUGCCUUUGAUCUUUGGGAACAGGCUGAAGUCCUUGCAAGGAAGAAUAAAGAAUUCUUUGCUCAACUCAGCACAAAAGUAUGCACCUUGGCCCUCAACAGCAGUCUGGUGGACCUGGUGCACUAUAUAAGACAGGGUUUUCAGCGGCUCAAACAAGUAACCAAAACACCUUAAUGGAAACCCAAGUUGACUCCAUGCCUUGGGGACUUUUUUUUUUUUUUUUUUGCACAUUGGAAGCGUAAAAAACAGUCUCGACAUUUGUCUCAUCAGGAUAUCAAACUCAAGAAGAGAAGCAGCAUAAGAUGGCCAGGAGGUUUGUCCACAUAAACUCUCAAGAGUCGUGUUUUCAUUGGGUGGACACUAUGGUUACACAGAAGCAGAGAUGGAGGUCAGCCCCAGAGAUGAUCUUGCCUUUCCUAACUACAGAAUAAAAGUGCAAUGUAGCCUAAUGGGCAUGAGAAUGGUCUAGAAACAUUUCUGUGGUCUUUUGUUUUUGUUUUUUAACCAGUAGGAUGGAUGUAAGCUGCAAGUGAAAUGAGGAACAGUUUCRAUUCUGAAAGCAAAUUCACAUCAUCUCAGUAGCCAUACUAAGUCCAUUCACAGAAGAAAAUUUUUUUAAACAUUGAUUUUUGGUGAAGGGUUUUGUGGAUGAUUUGUUUUAAAAAAUUUAAGUUCUGAGGGAAACUUAACAGAUUCUAAUGGCCAUCUGUAAAAUGUUGUGAAGGACUCCACUGUACCCCACUUUCUGCCAGUGAACAGUGACUUUGAUAAUACCAAGUAUUGUCAUAAUGUAUGAAACUGAAGGCAACCCCCUCCCAUUGCCCUGUGUACUGCGCGUUCACCCCAGCUCGGAUUCUUGAUUGUGCUGAAAUGCAACCCACAAUCCACGUCACGCAACGGAGGAAGAACAAGUGCGCAUGGGAGCCACCUUGAGAGUCACUUGAGGCCGACUCCUGGAGGACUUGGCGCUGCCAUCCCCACUCUUGUUUCCUUGAAGGGUUCUAGCUAACAAGGUAGUCACCAUUGAUCGAAUUCUGUAUUUCCUAACUUGGGGAAGAAGGGAACAACAUUUAUACCUGACCAGAUGGCUAACGUGCUUUUUGAUUCUUGUUUUAAGUAGAGAUGGAAUUUGAGGUGCUGAUCGGUGGUCGACAGCUAUGUGGUAACUCAUGUCUAACCAAUUCAGUUUUGUCAGUGAAGAAAAACGAUAUCUACUUCUUAGAGAGGCUAUAUUUUUCUGCUACAAAUUAUUUUAUAUUUAUAGCAAAACUAAACUUUGUGAGCCCUUGAUUGCCUAGGGGAAAUUGACUCCCUGAGAGAAUGUGGAGAUGUGGGGAUUAAGUAGAUUUUUAAAAAAAUUGUCACCACAUGCCUUCACUCCAGAGUGUUCUCAGACAACUGGAUUUGAAUAGGUUGAAGGGGGAACUGUGGCCUUCCCCUAAGUUAAUGUCAUACUGUCUGCAUUAAACCAGGUUCGUUUUGAAUGGCCUAAAAUGAAAAAACACAAUCAGAAUUCCCACAUGCCCGCAAGCACAGAUUGCUUUUUGAAAUUUUGAAGGUUGUUAUUGGAAAUACUCUUUUGAGUGCAGUGUUUUUAAAAGCCAGUUCUUUUUAUCCCUUUUAGAAAGUAGAAUUUGCUCAUGUGUUAAAAUUGAGGAGUGAGCUUCAUCUGUGCAACUAAUUGGUUUCCUUUUCUCCCGUUAGCCUGUUCUGCACCUCUACACGUUGUUCCCUACCAAGCACGUUUCAUGUUUUUUGUAUUUAUUAGUGAAGGGAGAACCAUCUUUAUUUAUAGUGAAGAUGCCCAAGGUCUCUCUGAUGAAUACUAGGACUUUCUGGUUUCAUAAACAUGUAAAGGGAUGUGUAGAUGCUGGAGCCAUGGCUGACUUUUCAGUUUAAAUUGUGUGAAGCUGCCCCCUGGUCUGUCCUCCAGCCUGUUCUUUGAUUGCUAACUAGGUUAAAGCCAGAGAAUGACAGUGGAGUUAAUAUCUGAGCGUUAAACCUUGAUGUGUGAUGUGUGAUCCUGAUGAAGCAGUUUCCUUUACUGAUGUUCUGAAGCAAAGCUAUUGUUUUUUUAAACUACUAGAGAGCCUGUUGUUAAAUGGACAGUAAUUGCCUGGUAGGUUGUAAGGCCUGCCAUUGUGUUUGCUCCUUGUAUGGAGGGGACAAGGCACUAGAAUCAGCGAGAUCACUUACAAUCCUUCUGUCUUAACUCCCCUUCCCCGUCUGCUGUGUCAAGCCACCUGUCAAUGGUGAAGGGUUCUGUUCUUUAUGACAGGUUCUGAUCUAUGCGGGUUGUACCAGAGCAUGUGUGAGUCUGUGGGCAAGCCAACAUGCUCCCUUGACUGAAGACAUUCCCAAGUGGAUUUCUCAGCCAAGUGUAACAGAUUGCUUUUUCAGUGGCCUUAUUCUUUGUGGGUUUUUUUCCUCCCUGAAAUCUAUAUUAAAAUUUUAUUUGUCCCUUGGAAAAAAUAAUGAAUCUGGGUAGAUCAAUUUGUACUACUUUGAUCAUUGGAUAUUUCUGAUUCUUACUGCAACAGUCCUUAUACCUAACAGAGAAUUCCUGAUGACUACCUUUUUAAUAGAGUAUGUAAAAGGUAGUGUCUGAUGAGUCCUUAAUGUUCAUAAGCCCUUUUUGCUGUUACAGUUGUAUAUAGAAAUCUGAAGGAUUUUUAAACCAUUUGCACUUUUUCACUGCAUGCUUAUAAUUCCCAAAGGCAAAAAUUUGUACUGAGGUAGAUCUUUCAAGAGGAUUAGAUUAUAAAAUUAAGCCUUUGUAUAUGUGAAGUUCUCAUGACAACAGUGAUAGUGCACACUUCACAGUGAGAAAAAUAGAAAAAAAUAAUCUUAAUGAAAACAGUAAAUCUUGCCUUUGCCACUACAGGUGUGUGUGUGUGUGUGUGUGUGUGUGUGUGUGUGUGUGUGUGNGAGAGAGAGAGAGAGAGAGAGAGAGAGAGAGAGAGAGAAUGAAUAAGAAUGUGGAAGAAUACUGCUUUAUUUUAAACGAAUUGUUCAAUAUUUCUGCCCUUCUGAAGAUAGUGAAAAUGUGAAUCAACAAAUCUUGGAGCCCUAUUAAAUAAUGAAAAAGACUUUUCUGAAAUCUACCAGAUUAUACUUGGGGUUAAGAUUAUGAAUAUACAAAUGACAUGGUAGCAGUGGUACAGUAUGAGAGGGUUCAGCAUGCAGUAAUCAGGAAUAAACAAUAGGAUAAUUUGUUUGAUAUCAUAAUUUGAUAACAAUAUUAAAUGAGAAAAGCAACUUAUUUUUUAAACAAAAAGAUCUUUUUUUAAAGAUCUGUUUUAGCCAAAAUGUAUAGCUACUUCCUUUAGACACAUUGGACAUUUACCUCCUUUAUUCUUUACUCUUUAGUUCUAGAUCUUGGGAUGUUCAGAAGCUAAUCUACUCUCUUUCUAGCUGAAAACUUGCCUUACCUGGUACCUUACAUAUUAAUGUUAGUAGGAGCAGGAGGUUAGUCUUGAUCCCACUUUUUAAAGCAAAAAGAAAACCACUGUGUUCUCUACAACUGCUAUCUCUGAUGUGCAAAAGAAUAUGUAAUCUGUACACAAAUAGAGAACAAGAGCUGAUUCAGUUGUAUAUAUUUAUUGUGCCCUUGUUGACCAAACCUAAUUUUGAAAUAAUGUUGUUUUGCCACAGCUUCAAGGUGUGUUACAUGGGUCGUCUUAUAUCUAUCUUCUGCUUUAUGAAGUUUGAAGUUUAUUUGUGCAUAUUAAGAUAAAUGAGUUGGUUUUAUUUAGCAUACUUUUAAAUUCUUCCAUGCCUUGUACCAGAUUCUUUAUUUUUUUCUUAACGAUUUAUUUUCCCUGACACUACAAAAUACCUUUGAAAAUUUUUUAUCAUUUCUUCUGAGACACUCUUUCCCACUGAGUAGCAGGAUUUAAAUUUUCCAAGACUAUUUUGGGCUUCUGGUAGAAACACAGAAGUGUAGAUUUUCUUACUGAAAAGUGAGUACACAUUGCAGCUGUGAAGAGAUGGCCAGGAUUGAUUAUGGUGGUGCUUGCCCCCACCCUUUCUCUUGUGGAUUGCCUCUUCUGGUUUUUUCCCACUGGGAAAUAAUGGGUAUAAGGUAUUUUUUUUUCUGUGCCUUUAUUAUUUGUUUUCAUGGGGAGAAGUAUAAUGGCAGAAUAGCAUGGUGCUGAGGGUCUUCCUUCACACAUUACAAGUGGUAUUUCUGCCAUGUAGUCAGUCCUCCAGUCCACAACCCAGUUAUGUUGGUUUCUUGGUGGCUGAGGAUGCACAUCUCUUUGUGAAUUGUGAGCACUAGUCAUGUUCUUUAGUUCUUAUUUAUGAUGCGUUGAUCAGCACCAUCUACUACUUUUCUUGAGGUGACUGUAUGUUUCUUAUUGUUUUGAGGGAAAUCACACUUUAUCCUGUCGCUGUGAGUCAGACAUUAUUAGGUACCAUGCUGAGUAGAUGUGCCCUUACUUCUACCUAAGGGGAUGUCUCAGAGGGCAGGAAGGAAACCCUGCAGCUCCUCAUAAGCCUAUAUGGAAAUAUAUAGGCCCGGGAGGACACGGGAAUAAGACCACUGACAUCAAGGCUGGCCAAGCUGCACUGUCCAACCAGGUAGUGGCCAACCUAAAGGAGAUGACUUGCUUUGCUUAAAAGUAGAUAUUUAAGCAAUGCUCCUCACAGGCAGUAUUAAGUUUGCCUUCUGUUCAGGCCAUGACAUGUAUUGUUAAGCUCACUGCACAUCCUCCCUUCAGACAUCAAGUAUACACUGUUCAUGUUGGUGUGUGUGUGUGUGUGUGUGUGUGUGU